AUGGCUAUAGCGCCAGUCAGUGAUUUGUGUAAAAUUAACAGUUUUAGCAAAGACUUGCUGGGAAAAGACCAAAAGAAACGACUUGAAUUAAAGGAGCGGCCAGACACUGGGGUAUAUGUACGAGAUCUCCAGCAGUUUGUCUGCAAGAGCGUCAAUGAAAUCCAGCAUGUUAUGACUGUUGGUAACCAAAACAGAGCUGUUGGGUCGACAAAUAUGAACCUUCAUAGCUCUCGGUCACAUGCCAUUUUUAUCAUAACCAUUGAAUGCAGUGAUGUUGAUGAGAAGGGUAAAAGCCGUAUUAGAGUUGGCAAGCUCAACCUCGUUGACUUGGCUGGGUCUGAACGACAGUCUAAAACUGGCACUGUGGGAGACAGAUUAAAAGAAGCAACGAAAAUUAAUUUGUCUCUCUCUGCCUUGGGGAAUGUAAUAUCUGCACUGGUUGACGGCAAGAGCACUCACAUUCCCUACAGAGAUUCCAAACUCACACGUCUCUUGCAAGAUUCCUUGGGAGGCAACUCAAAAACUAUCAUGGUGGCCAAUAUUGGGCCAGCAAGCUACAACUAUGACGAGACCAUAACGACCCUUCGCUACGCCAAUCGUGCCAAGAAUAUCAAGAACAAGCCCAAAAUCAAUGAAGAUCCGAAAGAUGCAAUCCUUAGAGAAUAUCAACAGGAAUUAGCACGGCUUAAGGCACAACUCACACAAAGAGGAGGGAAGAAGAAAAAGAAAAAAAAGCGUGUGGAUGGAGAUGAAGGGGAAGGGGAAGAGGAAGAAGAUGAAGAGGGCAUUGAUGAGGAGAGCAUACUACAGCAGCAGCAUGAACUGGAUGAAGAGAGGAAUCGCAUCCUCAAUGAUCAGCAUAUGAUUGAAGAGGAAAAAGAGCGAUUCCUAUUGGAGCUAAAAAAUAAAGAAGCAGAGCUGAUAGCAACUAGAGAGGCUCAAGAGAAACUAAUGACUCGCAUACAAACCAUGGAGUCGAAGCUCCUCUCUGGUGGCAAGAACAUCAUAGACCAUACUAAUGAGCAGCAGAGAGCACUACAGCAGCGAACUCAAGAGCUCAUGGAUCAAAAGAAACGAGAGAGAGAGAUGCUGCAGUUACUCGAGAAAGAGGAGGAAUCUUCCUGUGAGAUUGCAUCAACUUUUUCCUCACUGCAAGCGGAGGUUGAAGCUAAGACUCGCAAACUGAAAAAAUUGUUUGCUAAGCUGCAAUCUGUCAAACAGGAAAUGGGUGAUCUCCAUGAAGAGUUUUGUAGAGAUCGUGUUGAUCUCCAAAACACUCAAGAUGUCCUCACAAGAGAGCUAAAGCUGAAGGCCCUCAUAAUUGAAAACUUCAUCUCGCCGGAAGAAAAACGAAAAAUUUUGUCCCGAGCCUUUUUUGACGACGAUGAGGAUAUCUGGAAGCUUCGACCAGUGGUUCGACAAACGGGUGGUACCCUGAAACGACCAGUAUCUUCAGCAUCUCGGAGACCUACCUCAGAGUAUGCCAAAAUGCAGGCUUCAGUUGAUCAUAACCCAAGAUACAAGGGGGAAAACAUCAUGGUUGUCGAGCUGGAUCCUGCUGUGCGUACAACUCGAGACUGGGAAGGUCCAUUAGUGGCACCUCGGGUUGCUGCCGCACUGGAGGCUGCUCUCAUGCCACUUGAUGAAGAUCUCAGCAUUGAUGCUUCCCUUGCAACUUUAAAUCGUUCACAAGCAGUCAGGUCAACUCGAAAAGAGAAGACCAAAGGAAAGUUGUCCCCAUGUGCUAAUGAUGAGAUUGGUGCUGUAAUAAAAAAUUACAAACAGACCAUGAAUACAAUCAUUCCUGAGAUUCAAAAGUGGGUUGCGCCCCCCAUCGCAGGUGCCGGACAGUUCCAUGUAUCCAAAAUCCCGCGGUCUGGUUCCCAAAUAACCAGUCCUGUGUGGUCUCCACGUAGCUCUGCAGUGUUCGAAGAUGAUUAUGACGAAGAUCCAAGAUAUUUUGGUAAAGGUGUAGGAGAAACUGUGGUAAGUGGCAGUUGUAAAGUUACACCUAAGAAAUCAGUGACUCAGAAAGGUGAAGGUGCAGUUGUAAAUAAAAUUUCACAUAUAAGAGAGGAAGGCUUGGAGAAUGGUCACAAUUGUAUAGAAAAUAACUCAUCUCCAAAGAAGUUGAUUAGUGGCUCAGAAGCACAAUUAGUUGGCAUUGAAGAAUCACUACACUUGAGCAUGGACAAUGGAUCUUGUCUAAUUUUCGGACCCUUUGGAGCUCGGCGCACUUGCUAUCACUAUAGGCCUCAAGUCAAGCGCUGUGUGACAUCUUUGUUUAAAACUUAUCUAAGAAAGGUGCUACCAGGCUCUUCUUGUCGUAAUUGUAAACAACUGGCUUCAUACCCUUAUUCUUUGUCUACAAAUCUUGUAUGCCAAAAAAAAACACAUCAUAAGAAAUGUUACCCCAGGAAGAGUUUAUCACAUAAAAGAUAUUAUCUUAGACAUACCUCCACAAGAACUCAUUCACAGAUGUUCGAGGGAAAUAUUCCAUGUGCGUUUAGCAGCCUCAUACGUAGGGAAAAUAUUGAAUGGAAAGCCUCUAUGCACCCAUUCACUUACGAGAGAAUAUUAUGGCGUUUACCGUCCUCCCUCUGGAAACAGCUUGAGUUAUGUUUGAUAGAUUUUGAGGAUGAUAAUGCCUUACACUUUGUCACCCCAGUCAUGUAUUCAUUGCGGCGGUAUAAUGGUCUCUCAGGAUCUCGCAUGGUAUAUUCUCUGAGUCGAGACAGUUAUGGUGUCUCGGAGAGAGCUUGGGAAGACCUGGUGAUGGCAUUGUGUUUGUGUUGCAUAUUGAUAUUUAUUUGUCGUGUGUAUGGAGGUGUACAUGGGUGUGUAACGGAAAUCCUGGAUUGGAUCUCUCUCUAGACUUUACAAUAUGAGAUAAAUGCAAUUUAUUGCUUUACAUCAGAUUAUUCUAUAUCUGGUGAAUUUAUUCUUCAUUUUUGAAGAAAUUGCAUUGUGAUUUGCAUUAUAUUUUAUAUCAAAAUUAAGGACUUUAAAAUAUAAUUGGUGCAUGUGAUUUUUCAGUUUGGAAUGAUAGCCACCACAUUCACUGCCAGAAUUACCAGUGUUUGCCAUUAAUUUAUGGACAGACUGAACUGUUGGUUAAAUUUCAGUAUUAAGUGUUGUCAAGUGAUGAAUUACUUCCCAUGGAAUUCUUAAGUACAGAAGUGUAUCUAAUGAAUUUAAAAUGUAUAUUGAUUAUCUGUGACUCCAAAUUGAUACUAAGUUUUCUUAAUUGAACCAAAAAUUCAGUUCUUUAAAUCUCAAAACUGAUGAAGGAGAAUUUUUUCUUUUGUAUUAUUUUUAAUGCUUAUGAAUCACAAGUAUUUCAUCAUCACCUGAAACGAUAUUAUUAUUUCAACAUGAAUUAAUUUUCUACAUCACUUGUAGUGUCAGCAUGGACCAAGCUCUGUAGUGAUCACACUGCCUUAACCUUAGCACUGCAGCCCAACACAAUUUUCUUGUGGGUUUCUUUAAACAUGGGUCGAGUUGGUAGGAAUGUUUAGUCACAGCCUGUUUAAAACUGCUGCUUAUCUUAACACACAUGCAGUUUUUUGAGGGAAAAUGCAGUGUUAAUUGUUAAAUUGGUUAAUUGCAGAUAUUUUUGUCUGAGCAUCAUAUAAUCCAUAAUACGAGUUUUCCUUGCGACUUUGUUUUGCUUCAUUAUGUUGUGUAUACAAUAUCAGUCCAAAAAUAUGCAUUAGAGGUUUAUAAGAUUAACGUUUGGAAACUGAGAAAUAAAUUUUGUCAGCAGGGUGAGGCAGAGUGGUUUGCUAAUGGACAGUGCUGAAAUUAUAUUAUCUUGCAAAAGUUAACGACAGUUUUGCUGAGCAUAAAUUAGUUGUGGCUUAAACUCUGUAAAAUCAUGGAAUUAAUGUACUUUACUCUAUUUCUUUGAUGUUAGAUAAGAACUCCAUAUAGAUUGACCUGAGAUAAGUUGGUAAGAUUAAGUAAAAUUAUAUUACAUUAAUUUUAGCAAAAUUAGGUAAGGUUGUUUAUUUAGUUUGGCAGCAUAUUUCAAAUUUGUACAUCAUGCCAAGUCACAAUAACAUAUCUGUUAAUGCAUAAAAGAAAAUUUACAAAAGGAUUAUUUUAGGACAGUUUAGCUUGCUUGACUGACUUGGCUUUGAAAGCACAAGAUGCAUUAAAAUAUGCCUCGGUGGGAGACGGCUCGACUUGUUGAAAAAAAAAAAAAAAAAAAAAAAAAGUGGGCUGAGCUUGUCAGUGACAGUGAAAAAGACUCCAUACAAGGUUCAAAUAGAUGUAACUGGUCUGUAUUAUGGCAUUCAGUCUAAAGUUAAGAAAUGUGACCUGGAGCUAAUGUAUUCAUCCAUCUUCCCUGCAAUGAAAAAUUAAUAAAUGCAGGCACUCUUAAAAUUUGAGGUUUAAGACUCUCCAAUAUAAUUUUUUAACACACUGGCCUUCUCCCACUGAGGUAGGGUCAUUACACCCCCUCCUUAAAAAAGAGGAAGUGCAUUCACCAUCAUCCAUUCAAUAGCUGACUUGCCAGAAGUGUGUGGAAAUCAUAGUUCAGAUGACCUCUGAACCACAACAUCCUCACCCCCUCCUUUAGAGUGCAGGCAUUGUACUUCCCACCUCAAGGAUUUAAAGUCUGGAGUUAAAAUAAUCAGAAGGUCCAGGUGUAAGCUUGUUGGAUAAAUCCUGCCGAGAAACACUGCUUUAAACAAUAAAGGAAGAAAAGAUCCAUAUAAAAAAUUGUCAUUUAAGGAACAAUUUAAUUUAAUUUUUGUCAAGGGAAUUAAAGGACAGUGUUUGUGCUUGAGGAAUGGUGUGUUAUCUUGUUUCUUAAAUUAUGAUUAUGCUUAUAAACUGCUUUUCUUUAUUAGUGUUUGUAGCAUGUUCCCUUUGAGAUCUAAAUUUGUUCAUAUAAUCAUUAUUGUACCUGUAUUUAUAGUUAAAGUAAUUAAUUUUUAGUGGUGUGCAUAAAUUACUAGAGAUGACUGUGAGAUUAUCUUAAUCAACAACUGUUGUGAAGUUCUCCUAUAGAAAGUUUUGAAAUGUGGUGGGGCAUAGUUUUUCAUUUUGUUUGAAAGACUUGAUGAAAGGGUAAUGUAUUUUUUCCUGAGGGCAUGGAAGAUAUUAGAAGAAUUGUUAUUGAUCUUUUGUUCAGAAGAAUUGUGCUAAUAUUUUAGAGAUAAUUUGCAAAUAUUUUUUGAAAGGGAAUACAGAUGCUCCUUGCUUUACGAUGGUUCCACUUACUAUAUCUCAACUUUACAUUGUUGCAAUAGUGCUGCACAUUCAGUAGUCAGGAUUCAAGGAAUUCAAAGAUCGUGUUUGCUACAGGUUUGUUUGUUACAGGUUUUUAUGCUGUACAGUGCUGUACAUAUGUUGACAGGUUAAAAUUGUAUUCGUUUGUUUACUUUUCAUUACUGGUCUUAGUAAGUUACAGUAAUUAUUUGUUGAUUUACUUAUUCAUUGACAGUAGUUAUUUAUUUAUGUACUUAUCAUAUCAUACAUAUACAUAUUCAUAUUUGACUUUAAAUAUUUUCAACUUAUGGGGUCAUUGGAACGUAACUACAUGUAAGUCAAGAAGCACCUGUAGUUACAAUACUGACGAGUGUGACUGGCAUGACUGGCAACUGGUUGAUUGAAGUAUUUAGCUAUUUUGGCAACUGAUGGUUUAUAAUGGAUGCAAGUGAUGGAAAAAUUGAGACUAAGAGACCAGUUUUGUAUCUGGCAUUUGGUCUCAUGAUCUGAUCUCUACUGUGCUACUUACUAUUUAAUGCCUUUUGGUAUUUCUUCCCUGCACCAAAGAUUUUUUUAAUUUUUUUUUUCUCAAAUUUAGUGCAAGUUUUAUAUCUGUGAUAAUAAGGACUUGAGCUCUGAUAGUGAUGGGAGCUGCCCGGCCUGCCUAAAAAAAUAAGAAAACUGUAAAAAUAGAAAAACUUUAAAACAAAAAAAGUUGAGACACAUGUCCAUUACCAAUAGCCAAGCUAGAAAACAGUCAGUUUAUUGCAUGACCUCUUGGUGCAAAAAAAUUGUAAGCUGUGUAUUUAGUCUGUGCAGUUAUUGAGGUUGGCUUUACCAUCAGCUGAAAUAACAGCUAAGCCGUUUUAUAAUGAAAAUAAAUCUGGCCAGGCAACUACAAUACUACAUCUGGGUGAUGAUGUUAUCUACAUAAAGAAUACAGUGUUAUGUUUAGGUUGAUGAGAAUGCGUCAACUGCUGCUGUUUGAUUUUCCAAACAUAAUUAUGUUUGGAGACUGUCUUUCUGAAUAUGCAAAAGUGCAUACUGGAAUUAUCAAGAGUUUUGAUUCGGCUUGGCUCAGUGAAUUACUAUCAUGCAAAAUUUCAGUGUUUUCCGAUGAUCGGCUGUAUUGUGUUCUGUAUGUGGUUUUCAUCAUCAACGUUUGUGGGAUUGUGGUGAAUUUUACCUACUAUGUAUGUAUAUUACUUGUGAUUGCCAAAAUUAUGGAUUUGGCUAUGUACAUAAUGAUCCUGCUUGCUUCGCUAAGAUGUAAUCUAUUAGUCACUAUAUAGGAGUGAUAACAUGUGCUGCUACUGCUGCUGAGUUUGGUACAUUUAAGGUAGCACCAUGUGAUGUCUUUAUAUCUUGCUCCAGUUACAUUCUUGUUACUCCCCUUUCCUAGCUAAUUAUCUCUCAUACAUCCUCUUGACUCUGGCCAACUAAAUGUUUGAACUCUUUAAGAGUUGAGUGUAUACCUACUUGUAUACAACCAUCCAGUGGACGUCGUCAGCCCAAGCAAGUUACCAAACAGCAUACUUCCCACGUCAUUCUGUAUAGAGGAAUAUUGUUCUAUAAUCAACUUAGGAACAUUAAUAAUCCAUUAAAUACAGAAGUAAUCACGUGAAAGAUUUUUUUUUAUCCAACUGAUAUUUUUUCAGUUAUAAUUUUUUGGAGAUUUGUUUAGGUAAGACUAUCAAUUUUCCAGUGUAGUUUGUGUCCUUGUUAUAAUUGUUUUUAUGAGGAAGUUGUUUAAUUAGAAAAUGGCAAGUACUAGCAGUUAAACUGUAUUAACAUUAGCCUCGGUGUUGUGAACUACUCAUGCAACUUGUGAAUACUUAGAGAAGUUACUAGGCUCUAAGAGGAUUCAUGAGACAGCAUUUUUAAUUUUUCUUUAGAAAACUAAAUAUAUAACACCAUAUGCUAUUAUGGCUUUAGCUCUUGGAAUGUGUAGAGUCAAGGGGUCAUAAUUUGCAAAACAUUGACAGACAUCAAUUACCACUAAUAUUCCUAAUGAUGUAAAAUUUUACCUUGUACUUUAUUCAGGUCAUUGAUACUUGGUCCUGUGCAGGUAUGUAAUAAAUUAUGAUGUAUUUAGGAGUUUAAACUGUAUUUACAGCUACUACACAAGGUAGGCAAAAUACAUGAACUACCAUACUCAAACUUGGAGGCAAUUAAUCAUACAGUUUAAUAUUUUACUAACCUGUUUAAAAAAAUGAGCUGUAUUAUAUGUACAUUUUAAUAAACAGCAUUUUAACUGUACUAUGGUGACAAGCAAAUUUCUCCCCCAAAAUUUAUGAGCUGUGCUCCAUAUUAUAUAGCUGAGGUUUCUCAUCAUUAUUUGAUCAUGAUACAUUUUAUUUUUAGCUCUGUACUGUUCUUGCUUCUAUAGUGCAAGAGAUCUUCUUUAUCCAUUCUUUUACUGGUACAGUUAUUGGGUGGCUGCCUCUUUACAACAUUCUGUUGACAGGUAAGACGCAUGUUCAACAGUUAGGUAUAUUCCGAAACGUUUCACCUACACAGUAGACUUCUUCAGUUGAAUAUAGAGGAAGCCUACCACGUAGGCAGAAUGUUUUGGAAUAAAUAUACCUAACUGUUGCACAUGUGUCAUACUUAACAACUUGUUGGUAUUGUAUACCAUUUUCAUAUUCAUACUACUGACAGUACUGUACUUCUGGUUGGGCCACUUUAUAUACAGAGAAACCUCGACUUACAAGUUUAAUCAUUACAUGACCUAGCUCGUGACUCAAUUUG